UUGGCGCGACUGUGACAUCAGCACAUGCGCCGCUAUGUUUUGAAAAUCAGGUAGCUGAAAUAAUUUGUGUACAUCAUGCCGAGGUCGAUGAAAAAGCCGUGCACCGUUCAGACGUCAGUCAGCAGCUACUUCAGAAGACCGAACAAUCCGUGUACCGUGAAACAAACUGGUGCUGAUGGGCAGCAGGUUAAAGCCAGGCAGAAAUUUUCCUCUGAUGACGUCACUUUGCCAAGAAAAAGAGCUAAACUUUGUGUGCAGGAUGAGCAGGUGGAGGACUGUGAGCAGCACUUACAUCACAGUGCUGAAGCAGAGCUGAAGGUGCAGACGGUGGGAGGUGCGAAUCGCCUCUGCUCCUCUACCAUGGAGAAGCUGAAACGUUUCUCUUGCACAGCUGAGUCAUGCCACACUGAUGGAGACACAGGCAGUGCUAGUGGCUACAGGAGCGGUAGCUGUUCCCCCCCUAAAGCUACAAAUCGUCAUGGCACUGAUACGAGGCUCCACCCACCAGAGGAGGAUCAGAGACACACAGAGCAGAAACAGGAGACGUCAGCACUGGUUGAUCCACAGCAGGGUACAUGUUUGUCUCAGUUUGCCAAGCCAGGAGGAAGAGUAAAGGGUGCAGAGUGCUCUCCUGCAGAGGGUAGCGUCCCCUGCAAACACACAAAGAGUGUGUACACACCCUUGGAGCAACAGGUCAUCCAGCUGAAACGGCAGCAUCCGGGUGCCUUGCUGGCAGUGGAAUGUGGAUACAAGUACAGGUUCUUUGGCGAGGACGCGGAGAUUGCAGCAAAGGAGUUGAACAUCUUCUGUCACCUGGAUCAUAACUUCAUGACCUGCAGCAUCCCCGCACACCGCUUGUUUGUUCAUGUGAGACGGCUGGUGUCCCAGGGACACAAGGUUGGCGUGGUGAAACAGACAGAGACGUCUGCAAUCAAAGCCUCCGGAGCCAGUAGAAAUGCUCUGUUCACUCGUCAGCUCAGUGCUCUCUACACAAAGUCCACUCUGGUGGGAGAGGAUGUGAACCCAGUGUGCCGCCUGGGAGAUGUGGAUGAGGGCAGCUGUGAGGAUGUGGUGUUGGACCCUCCUGACAGCUUCUUGUUGUGUAUCAGUGAGAACUGGGACAAACUGGGGAAGCAGCUCACUGUUGGACUUGUGGCAGUUCAGCCGAGCACUGGAGAUGUGCUUUUGGACUGUUUCCCUGACGGUCCAUCCCGCUCUGAGCUGGAGGGCCGUAUCCUAAAGGUCAACCCUGUGGAGAUCCUGGUGCCCUCUGACCUCUCAGAACAAACCCACAGACUUUUGCAGAGCAUCAGCAGUGCCAGUGCUCGGGCUGACGACAGAGUGCGGGUGGAGCAGAAAGACAGAGCUCAGUUCGAGUUUGGUUCUGCAAUGAACACGGUUACUGAGUUCUAUUGCCACGCCAGCGACAAAGGUUCACGCUGUCUGUCGAGUGUCGUAUCACUGGAGAGGCCAGUGAUCUGCUGUCUGGGGCCUCUCAUCCAGUACCUCCAGGAUUUUAACUUGGAAAGAAUUCUUACAGAUGACAGUUCAUUUCGGCAUUUGUCCUGUGAGUCUGAGGGGAUGAGUCUCAGUGCUGCUACAAUUAGGAACUUGGAAAUUCUCACCAAUCAGACAGAUGGUGAUGUGAAGGGCAGCUUGCUGUGGGUGUUGGACCAUACUCGCACUCCGUUUGGGAAAAGACUGAUGAGGAAGUGGGUGAGCCACCCACUCACAGACUCAAAGUCUAUCUCAGAGAGGCAGGAGGCGCUGCAGGAGAUUCUGCGGUCGGAGUCUCUCACUUUAAAUUCCAUCAAAACUCUGCUGUCACAUUUGCCAGACCUGGAGAGAGGCAUCUGCAGCAUAUACCACAAAAAGUCUUCCACUCAGGAGUUUUAUCUCAUUACGAGCAGUCUUUCUCAACUUGGGCUGAAGCUGCAUUUCCUGUUACCUGCUGUACAAUCACAGCUACACUCAGAGUUGCUUCGAACCCUUUUGCUCGACAUUCCUGACCUACUAGUUCCUGUCCAUGAUUUUCUCAAGGUGCUGAAUGAAAAGGCUGCCAAGUCAGGGGAUAAGGCUGAGCUGUUCUCAGAUCUGUCCAGCUUUCCACUGCUGUUGGAACGGAAAGAUCAGAUCCAAACUGUUCUCGGUGAAAUUCAAGAGCACCGCAAAGAAAUCCGCACCACACUGAAGGCCCCCACGCUGGACUACGUCACAGUGUCUGGACAGGAGUUUCUGAUUGAGGUGAAGAACUCACUAUCGUUCAGCAUUCCGACUGACUGGGUCCAAAUCAGCAGCACCAAGACGGUCAUCAGGUAUCACUCGCCUUUCCUGGUGGAGCGUUACAAGAAGCUGCUGCAGCUUCGAGAGCAGCUUCUGCUGGACUGCCAGCGGGAAUGGACCAGAUUUCUGGACCAGUUUGGGGAGCACUAUCAUACCAUGAAAAGGGCUAUUAGUCACCUAGCAACCAUGGACUGUCUCUUUUCAUUGGCUGAGGUGGCUAAACAAGGGGGCUAUUGCAGGCCAGAGGUGUGUAAAAAUCGACGUCAGAUCAUGAUUAGGGACGGCAGACAUCCUGCUUUAGACUUACUAAUGGGAGAACAUGACCAGUAUGUGCCCAACCACACUGAACUACAGGGUGAUGGCAGAAGAAUUAUAAUAGUAACUGGUCCUAACAUGGGGGGUAAGAGUUCGUACAUCCGGCAGGUUGCACUGAUCUGCAUUAUGGCGCAGAUUGGUUCCUACGUCCCGGCCUCUGAGGCCCGUCUAGGCGUGCUGGAUGGCAUAUACACCAGGAUGGGGGCUUCAGACAACAUCUACAAAGGUCGCAGUACCUUCAUGGAAGAGCUGACCGAAGCUUCAGAGAUCAUUUCCCAUGCGACCGAGAACUCUUUGGUUAUCCUUGAUGAGCUUGGGCGAGGAACUAGCACACAUGAUGGAAUAGCCAUUGCCUUUGCCACCCUGGAACACUUCAUCAGACAGGUGAAGUCCCUCACCCUGUUUGUGACUCAUUACCCUCCUCUUUGUGAGUUGGAACAACUGUACCCCACACAUGUGUCAAACUACCACAUGGCUUUCCUACUCAAUGAACCUGACAUCACCACCGACACUGAAGGGGGAGAGCUGCAGCCAGAGUUCAUCACUUUUCUCUACCAGUUAACUGAAGGAGCUGCCGAGCGAAGCUAUGGCCUGAAUGUCGCACGAUUGGCUGACAUCCCAGACCCUAUAAUACACACUGCUGCACUCAAGGCCCGAGAGCUGGAGAACAUGGUCAAUGCCAGAAGGAGGAAUAAGAAACUCCUUUCAGAGGUUUGGAGCAUCGCAGACAGAUCAUCGCUCACGGAGUGGCUGCAGUCAAACUCCUGAUGUGACGGCAACAUGCACGCACAGCAUUCUGUAGUGCACAUACACUCUGACACACACUAACUCAUAGAAGGAAAUGCUCCUGUCAUGCUGCAGUAUGUGUAUAGA